GCCCAGACAGGUAGAAGUCUGCGAGGAGAGCUGGGAAGUGAACCAGCGACUGCAGCAGGACUCCCAGCAUGGAGCCGAUCACGUCCUGGAGCGAGGACCGAGUCAGUGAGUGGCUCCAAGGUCUCGAUGCCCCCCUGCAUCAGUACUCGGUCUCAGAGUGGCGCCUGUCUGGACUGGAACUGCUCCAGCUCACCUCCCAGGACCUGGAGAAGCUGGGCGUCCAUAAGAUCGGACAUCAGGAGCUCAUCCUGGAGGCCGUGGAGAAACUCUGCUCUCUGACAUACGGUAUGGGCGGUGAGAGCUUACGAGGUCUGACGGAGAAGCUUCGUGCCGUGGCCCACACCCUUCAGAUGGGCAUCCAGAGCCGCUGGCGCCUCAACAGCUACGACGGACGAAGCUGCACCAAACUUCCUGUGCGUUUACUGCAGCUGGUGGUGGAGCUCAUCUGCUCCGCCAAAGGACUCUUCUCUCUGCUCAACAGGUAUCAGUUUUUCCAUCUGAGUGAAUACACCGCCACUAAGGACAUAUUUAGCAACUGCCGGGAGCUCGGAAACAUUGUGCACAAGGAGAGCACAGUCUACGAGAAGGAAAAGGACAUCAUCGCUGUGUGUCGUCAGCUGGUGGUGGUGUGUGAUGAGAUCCUGAACUCCAGCCCUGAGACCCUUCUUACCCAUACUGCUCAGCUGGAGAGUGUCGACCUGGUGCCCGUGUCUCCUGGAGAUCAUCUGGGUAUUGAGAUCACGUCGAUUGGCUCCAGUAACCACUACGUGACCGGAACCGCCGCUGAGCCUUCAACUGAUAUCAGUUUAAAGAUCUUGAGUGGUGAUGAAGUGAUUCAAGUAAAUGACCAGAUAGUGGUGGGAUGGAGCAGAGCUAACCUCGUGAAGAAGUUGCGUGAAAACCCCAGUGGAGUGACUCUGAUCCUGAAGAAAGUCCCCGGGUCAGGACGGCGUCGUAACAGAGACUCAGUCCAGAAGGUUUGUAAUCCACAGACGGAAGAAGCUGAGAAAGAGGAGGAGACAGAGCAAGCAAGGUCAGAGGAAGAAGAAGAAGGGGAAGAGGAGGAGGAAGAGGGAAGAGAGGAGGAACAAAAUCCGAGGCACUCCAUAUUUGAGAGGGUGGCAGCAUCUGUCAGGUCCUUGUCUUUUAGGAGAGCCAUUCACGGACCAGAGGUACAGCAGCAGCCUAUGGGACAGGAGGAAUCUGAGCUGCCGUCUGAUAAGGAGCUGGAGGGGGGUCUGACUGUCACUUCUUAUCAAAACCAACAGGGGGGGCUGUCACCUCUGUCAGCGUCAGGUCAUUUUGAGAGUUUCGGAGGUUCACAACUCUCUCCCAGAGACCGUUCACCAUCAGGAUCAUUCAGAGGUUCUUCACAGAGCGUCAACCAAGAAACAGCAAGUAUCAGCUCCUGUCCUGAAAUGGUCGGACACACGGGGAAUACAGACACAAAGAAGAGCUCCACCAAAGGGAUGACGACGGCUCUGAGUCGGCGUCGGGUGUCGUGCAGGGAGUUGGGUCGCCCCGACUGCGACGGCUGGCUGUGGAAAAAGAGGAAAGAAAGCAGCGUCUUCAUCACCCAGAAGUGGCAGCGCUUCUGGUUUAUCCUCAAAGGGCCUGCACUGUACUGGUAUACCAGCCAACAGGAUGAGAAGGCUGAGGGGUUUGUCAAUAUCGCCAGCUACAACAUAGAGAGCGCCGGAGAACAUAAGAGGAAAUACGUCUUUAAAAUGUACCACCCUCGGUUCCAGAACUUCUUCUUCGCUGCUGAUAAUGUCAGUGACAUGAGCAAGUGGAUAAAUUGUCUGAUUACAGCCAUUCAGAAUCACAAGAAGCUCAACACUGCAAAUAGUGAAGAAGAAUGUUACAGCGAGACCGAAUCAGAGGGAGAAACAUCGCCGUCACUGGGUAGAAGGAAGAAAGUGCAGUCGCACACUUUGCCUCGAACGAAGGGGAAGACAAAGGUGCCGUUAUCGAGUCCAACAACAGGGGGCAGCAAAGGCACAGGUGGUCCUGUAGAUGAGAUGGGGAUGAUGUUAAACAAUAUAAAAGAAGGUGGAGUGUCUCUGAUUGGCCACGAGCAGCCGUUCACACACGACCACUUCAGGAAAUCUUUCAUUCGACGCAACAAAAACCCGGUUAUUAAUGAGAAAGCCCACGCUCUGCGGGCCCUGCAGAGCACUCUUAAGGCCAAAGAAGCCGAGCUGCAGCAGAUCAACAAGCUCUUGGACGAGUCCGACGUGACGGCCGCCAAGUACAGAGAGUGGAAGGAGCACAACGAGGAACUGCUUCAAGAAAUCGAGAGGCUCGCCGCGCUCAGGGUCUCCAAUGAAGGGGACGACGGCAAGACGCAGGACACGCCCACUGAGGAGGUUGCCUUGGAAACUGUAGCUAAGGAAACAGCGGGCGCAGAGACAGAAGGAGCGUACAGACUGAGCCUCAGUGACGGGGAGCAGCUAGUGGACGCCGAACCCUCUGAUGUUCUCCUGGAGAUGCAGCCUGACCCACGCUCCACAGAGACCAGCCCGGUGUUAGAAAUCUCACUGGGGUCGCUGACGGAUUCAAUAAACCAGCAAGUGAGUGAAAUGACAGAGAACGGACAAGGAGCAGAGAACUACUUCUACAUCUAAGACUUGAACAGUGACACCAGAACAAAGACGAUGAAGAGAGAGAAGUGCAUUUUCCCUUCGCCUCUGCCGACUGUCAGGAGUUACCACUAAUGUUUGAAUCAAAUGUGUCAAUGAAAUGCAUCCGUUUUCAUAGAAUAUAAAUCUAGCCAUGCUGAUAAAAAAUAAAAAAAAAAAAGUUUUA